AUAAGGAGUGAAAAUAAAAUGUUUUUGUAGCGACGUCAUAAAAAUCUAAAAUUACAUGAAUGUAAUUUGUUAGGUUAGGUUGUGUUUAAUAACAUCAUUGUGCAGUUUUAGAAUUUUCCAUACAAAAAUGCCUGAUGAUACAGGAAAAGUACCCUAUGUAUAUGAGACUUAUCGUAUGUUAGCAGCUGUAUCUUUUGCUGUGACUUUAAUUGUAAUUGGAAUUCCACUGUGGUGGUAUACAACAGAUGUAUACAGGGUGCCUUUGCCAUAUUCUGGCAUAGAUGAAUUAAAAAAUAUCAAUUUUCAAGUAUCUUUAAAUAUUUACGUUGCCUGUCGAGAAGAUUAUAGAGCCGAUUUACUUGUAGAAGAAUUAGACAAUAAAUUUACAAAAUCAGAUUUAUUUAAUAUAACUUUUAAACGAAUUAUAAUACCAUUAGAACUUCUGCAACAUUCUAAAACUCCUGCAAUACUAGAAAAUGCUCUUUUGAAGAAUAUAGAUGUUAAAGUGGGUGAUUUUAUUUUUAUUGAAUGGUAUGCUCUGAAAGAUGAAAUUUUGGUCACUUCGGAUAGAUCUGCAUAUUUCUCUCCAGCAACAAGUUCUCAUAAAAUAGCAACAGUAUUAGGAGAAUGGAUUUUAGGUGAAGAUUCCUUGAAAACUACAUUGAGCUUAAUGCGCUCUCAUUCUGAUAAUCAGCGUACUUUUUCACCAGCCAAAGGUGAUUUGGAGGAAAUCAAUGGAAAAGGAAAGGCUUUCUAUUCCAAUAAUAUUCAAUUGGACGCAAAUGCACGUCGACGAGUACCACCAUCUUCCGCCUACGACGUUAUGAUCACCGUUGUCAAUCCAAAUCCAGAAGAAUUAACAGCUGAUUUAGACAUAAGAAGUGCAGCUAAUGAUUACAUCGUACCUUUUCUCAAUGAAUUAAGCUCUUUAGCUAAUUUUACUGUGAAGUCUCAAUGGCUGUACUUCUUGGAACUGGAUUAUAAACCAAAACAAGUGAUUGACUCCAGCAUUUUGCGUCGACAUUUUGCUCUACCAGAAGAGAUCCUGCCACAUCUUAUAACACCUCUGGAGAAAAAACUAGCCUCACAUGUUUCCAAUAAUCCAUGUUUGAAUUUAGUCAUUUACUUACCCAGCUGCAAAACAGCUCCUCUGCAUAUAUACACAAAAAGCGGAACAAGAGCGAAAUCCAAAUCUGGUGUAGAUGCAUUUCUGUCACCGCGUUGGGGAGGUGUUGUAAUAUCGAAUCCAAGUGUUUCAAUAUGUGAAAAUGCUCUUAUACAAGACAACACCCACGUUACUUUUAAACCAGACACAUCAUUAAUUAUGGGUACAUUCUUGCACCAGCUGAGAUUAUUAUUGGGAAUAAUGGAUAAUAGUGCAAUCAGUGGUGCUUCAAUAGUAGAAUUGGAAUCUUUGUCACCUCGCUCAUGGGAAUUGGAUGCUCUAAAACGAGUCAGAACUUUGGAGCAUCUCACAUCAGCAAGUUUAACUUUGCAAUCAAUAGCACAACUAUUAGAUGAAAUAAACAAUAUAGUAAUUAAUGAUGAUAUUGGAGAAUCCAUUAUUGUAGCUUUGGAAGAGUGCCAUAUAUCAAAACGGUAUUUGGAAGAAGGAUUAUUGGAUGAAGCAUUCAAGCAUUCAAAAAUAGCAUUUACUUUAUCAGAAUUAGCAUUUACAGAUCAAAGCUUAUUGGCGUUAUUAUAUUUUCCAGAUGAUCAGAAGUAUGCAGUUUAUAUCCCAUUAUUCUUACCGAUUAUGAUUCCCGUAAUUUUAUCAUUCGGGACUUUGAAGCGCUGGUUGCAAAUCUUAUAUUUCAACAAAGAGAAAACAGAUUAAUAUCAAUUAAAACUUUAUUCUACUUAUUUUUAAUUUUAUAAAUGAUCAGGU